CACACGGCAUGCAACAGCUGGAGGCCUAUACAGUAUGAGGAGAUGAGGAGAUCUUUGACCAUUCCCAUGGACAUGGAAUUGGCAUGUUGCCCCACUAAGCUGAUAAGAGAUAAAAGAAACCCAGCACACAGGACCUUGCCUUGAUUAUCAGUUGAAAAGUAAGCGAUAAAGGCAUUGUUUCUAUCCCAGAUAUGACUGUGUGCUACCACUCGAAAGGAUUAUAUAUGAGGGCACAGACCAGGGAGAGGAGAGAUUAGUACAGGUCUUCAGAGCAAAAUGAUGUCCCAAAAAGCCUGCGUAUUUCUGUUGUCUAUUUGCCUGACAGGAACUAUUGGCAAUGCGAAGCCACAGGGCAUUGGCAGUGAGAAACCAUAUGGACCUGAGUCUUUGCACAUCUUAGGGCCCGAUGUGGUCACCGAAGGAAUCAAGUCCACUUUCGAGUGUUCCGCAAAAUGCUCCCCGAACUGCACAUACAGCUGGACUGUGGAUGGGGAGAUCAUACAUGGCAGUGGGCUUUAUAUGACUAUACUUGACUUAAAGUCACAAGUCCUCAACUGUGUGGCUCAGAAUCCAGCGACGGGAGUGAGUGCCAGUAUCAACAAGACGGUGCAAGUGGCAGAGGGGCCUUUAAAUGUCACUAUCACAACCCCCAAGAUGCUGGUGGGGGGGGAUGAGUACACAUUUGUCUGCUCCGCCGUGUGCUCCCCUUCCUGUAACUACACCUGGUACAUCGAUGACCAAACAUGGAAAAACUCCAAUGAAGUGCAUUACAUGACACCAGCCGAGAGCACAUCAGUAACGGUGAUUUGUAAGGCACAGAACACCUUAUCUGGCCUCUUCAUGGAAUCCAUCCAUACGGUUUUGGUGGCACAGGGGCCUCAGGAAGCCUCCAUUAGAGGCCCAUCAGCUGUGAUGGUAGGGGCCACGGUCCCCUUCUACUGCUUUGCCAACUGCAUUCCUGCAUGCAACAUCACAUGGCGCUUUGAAGGGAAAACCCUCUCCGGCGACCCAGUGUCUGUGCCCAUCCUCGAACAAGAGAAAUCGGUGCUGGGCAACAUGCUGGACGUCAGUGUGGAGAGCUUCUUUGACACACAGCUACUGCAGUGUACCGUGGUCAACACCCUGUCUGGCAAGUCCUACAGCAUCACCAAGGUUCUCAAUGUCACUGAUACAGUUGGUGUUAAGCCCAUCACCGCAACACAGCCAAGAGCAAACAGCUCCUACUCUCUGCAGUGUGUUGGAGCAGAGCAAGGAUCUGAAAUUCAGUGGACCAAAAAUGGGGAAGCGUUGUCCACAAGUGACAUCCAUUUUUCUGAUAACAAUGCGAUCCUCUCAUUUGAGCCACUCCAUCCCUCGGACUCAGGCGAAUAUCAGUGUGUUGUUAAAUUGCUGGGAAAAACCAUCCCUGGAAUCCCAUAUCAGAUCAAUGUCAUCUAUGGGCCAGUAACUGCUGAAAUGACCAUCUCUGGUGGACAUCAAGUUCAAAGCAAGUUGAUCAACGACCUUCUCCUUCUCGCUGGAUCCUCCGCAACAUUCACCUGCUCAUCCGAGUGCUACCCAGCAUGCACCUACGAAUGGCUUCUGGAGGGGAACGUUGUAUCCACAGACGCCACUUUCUCGAUCAGCUCAGCAAGUGUGGCGACUGAGGGUGUUCUGACCUGUACAGCCACCAAUCCUGACGUCCAAACUCUGCCUAUAAGCAGUGCCUCUGCGUCCGUGCUUAUUGAGCUGAUUGAUGGCCCAAAGAACAUCACUAUCUCUGGACCAAACUCAGUACAAGUCGGUGUGAAGGCCACUUUUGAGUGUUCAGCUGUCUGCACUCCACCUUGUUUCUACACAUGGGAGGUCUAUGGGAAAACACUACAUGGCAGUAAUUUUGACCUCACCAUCAGUAAAUAUGUGGCCACCGAAACCCUGAUAUGCAAAGCGGAGAAUACGUUCACUGAGAAGGUCGCUACUGCAGAUGUAAUCAUUGACGUUACAGAUCCUGACUGGUGUGGCUGUUAAAUCCUGUUUUUUUGCUGAAAUAAAUAGAAAUGGUACUUUAACAGUGCUUCAUUUGAGUUAGACAUUGUUAAAAGAACAUUUGUAUUGUAGUCAAGCAUCUAAACUUCAAAUAGUAUUUGUUCUUCUUCCUUGCAACAAAGUUAUAUAACUGUAUAUAUUGAAAUAGUAAUAUAUUAUGCAUUUCACUGAAAAAAUAAAUGUCUUU